AUGAAGGAUCCUUUUGCGACCGACGUUACCGAUUCUCCAGCGCACAGUUUGAAGGAUAUCGAUGGUUGUUACAAUAAAAAUAUAUUUAAAACACAAUCUUUCGCAAAUUCACGUCGUGCCUUGCAAUCGGGCGCUGAUAAAAUAUCCAGGACUUUCAGGAGUGUUAAAAAUUCCUUUGGUAAUUUAUCACAGCAUUUCAGGUUGGGUGGUAGACGGAGACACAGACUUACAGAUACUGGUUCCCCUUGUCGCACUCCAUCUACACCGGUGGCUAAAAAGAAAUCCAUACUAGCUAGAACUCCUACCAAGUUAUACAGUCCAUUUGGUAUAGAAACUCCACACAAUCGUGACUUCAGGAUGACUCCAUAUAUGCCUGACACCCCAGAACAUGGGUUGUCACCGAAACGACGCAAAGGAGUCACCCAUUCAUGGCAUCUCUUAGCUAAAAAGAGACCAAGAGCUUUAUUUCACUGA